CCCGCAGCUCACCAUCAUCUUCAAGAACAUGAAGGAGUGCACGGAGCAGAAGGUUUACCGAGCCGAGCUGGACAACGUGCCCGCAGCCUUCGAGGACGGCUCGGUGACGGGCGGCGAGCGGCCGGGGGGAGUCGGGCUGCACAUCCACGAGCGCAGCCCCGGGCGGCACGUGGAGAUCCGAGCUCCGUACAUCGGCACCACCAUCGCCGUGCGCCAGGCCGCCCGUCAGCUCUCCUUCUCCAUCCGCGCCGCCGAGGAGGUGACCCGCGCCUUCACGGCCGAGCAGGACCUGCAGCUGUGCGUGGCCGGCUGUCCCCGCAGCCAGCGCAUCUCCCGCAGCGUGCGCAGCCGUGCGGCCGUGCAGGCGGCUCGGGCGCUUUGCAAAGCCACGCUGCCCGUGGAGGACGUCUACUUCCAGUCGUGCGUCUUCGACGUGGCCACCUCCGGCGAUGCCAACUUCACCAUGGCGGCGCGAGGAGCGCUGGAGGACGCCAGGGAUUUCCUUCCCGAUGCGGAGAAGCUGCACAUCUUCCAGGCCGGGGCCGGCUGCCCGCCUGCACCUCCGUCCUUCCUCCUCAUCCUCCUCCUCAUCAUCUGCAGUCUCUGCACUCUCGGGUCACAAUUGUGACCCCUCUUGUGACCAUUUUGUUGGCACUUGUGACUUUUCUGUGACCCUCGUUGGCACUUGUGACCCUUUGGUUGGCAUUGGUGACCCUUUUGUUGGCACUGAUGACCACUGUCAGCGCAUGUCACCCUUUGGUUGGCACUUGUGACCCUUUGGUUGGCACUGAUGACCAUUGCCAGCACACGUCACCCUUUGGAUGGCACUGAUGACCCUUUGGUUGGCAUUGAUGACCACUGUCAGCGCGUCACCCUUUUCUUGGCACUUGUGACCUUUUUGGGACCCUCGUUGGCACCUGUGGCUCUUGUUGGCAGACAUCAUCCUUUGGUUGGCACUUGCAAUCCUCAUUGGCACUGGUGACCAUUGAUGGUACUUGUGACCCUUUGGUUGGCAUUGGUGACCCUUUUGUCGGACCUUUUUGUGUCCCUCAUUGGUACUUGUGACCAUUGCCAGCGCAUUUCACCCUUUUGUUGGCACCUGUGACCUUUUUGUGAACCUCGUUGGCACCUGUGGCUGUUGUUGGCAGACGUCAGCCUUUGGUUGGCACUUGUGACCCUUUGGUUGGCCCUGAUGACCAUUGCCAGCGCAUGUCACCCUCUCGUUGACACUUGUGACCCUUUUGUGACCCUCAUUGGCACUGAUGACCCUUUUGUUGGCACGGAUGACCCUCACUGUGGGGUGCUUCACUUCCGAAGUGCAACAGUAGACUGAAUCAAACUGGUGUUGAGUCAAACUGG